AUGACUUCUAGAUUACCAUUUCAUCAAAAGCAAUUAUCAAAUGCAAUUGAUGAAUUACAAGCAAUAAUACUUCAACUUAGUGUAGAGAAUUUAUGUCUUAUACUAUCAGAAACAGGAAUAAGUUUUGAUAAUAUUAAGUUUUAUGCUACAUCUGCUAUAGCUAAAUCUGAUGUAAUAAGAUAA